AUGAUAUCCAAAACAACUAGCUUUUGCAUAGAGCAGAUGAAUUCACAUGAGAGAUUCUUCAAUUCAUUAUUCUGGAGGAGCAAACUCCACAAUCCUGGACUUCUGGCAUUUUACAUAAUCGAACUCUUGCUUGCACAACAAAAGUCUCUUUCUGUUUUCCAAAACAUGAUGCAAUCCAGAGUGCCAUUUCACGAACCACAUCAUGCAUCACAACUCUCUCUGUAUCAAUCUCCAUCAGUAAAUUUGCACGGACAAGAGUACCAACUUUCUCAUGACCCUUAUUCACUGCUCUUUUUAGAAAUUGAAAACUCUGCAGCGGAUCUAGCCAAAACAUCGUUCGCAUGCUCCCAUUCUUGUACCGUACUAAAUUUCUUUGUCCUUUCGUUAAUCACGGCUCCUAGGAAGAAGAACUCACCUGCUCAUACUACUAGGCUUACACAAGCUCAAGCUAAAGCAGAGGCUGAAGAAGAGGCUCGUGCCAAUUUGGUAUCAGAGCCGAACGAUCCAAUGGCGGACAUGACCACGAUCUCGUCACAGCUUGCUCUCUUAAUGGAGCGCCUGGAUGGCAUUAGAGAGAAGCUCAAAGGACAAAAUCAGGACCUCAAAAGGGCUAGUGACCUAAACCAAGGACCAGCAAUUAAAUUCACAACGAAAGAGCUUUCUGAAGUUGAGGGUUUAAGUGAGAGCAAGGAAAGCAGAAGAAGGACCCUGCCAGCAGUACCAGAAGCCGGAAUGAGUUCAACUCCAGCACAAUUCAAUAAACAUGUAUCUGCAAUUAGUGGAGGGAUGAUGAGAGAUGAGCAAAAAAAAUUGCUUUCUCAGGUGGACCAUGGCCAACUCGGGCUGUGGGUAGGGAGCAAGACCAUCAUCAUGCAGAUGGUGGAGGAAAUUGGCAUGACUUGGAAAAGUAAUUACCAGGCUCACGAUGGAAGAGGCAACAACUCUGAAAGGCAUGUUAUACCAGCAGAGAAGAUGGAAUUUCCACCUUAUGAUGGCACCACAAACGCCAUUAAAUGGCUACAAAAUUGUGAUAACUAUUUUGAGGAUCAAGGAAAUAACAAUCUCCGACGUUUAAUCACUCAUAAGUUAAGUUGGACUGAAUCCAAAAGGAUUUGCAAAAGUUGUUUUGGUAAAGCAGAUUCAGUCAAUCCGGUGGGGGAGUUGUCUAAUUUAAGACACACAGGAACGGUAGAUGAAUACUGCAACCAGUUUGAAGAGUGUCUUGGCCGGCAAAGAAGACUUACUGGGGACCAACAACUCUGGCAGUUUUGUGCAGGGUUGACGGACAGUUUGCGAAAAGAAGUAGAGUACCUUCGUCCUGAAACAAUCUUCGCAGUCAUGGAGUAUGCUAGAGACAAUGAAUACAAGAUCGAAGGGGACACUAGAAUACGCACGUUUGGAGGACAUAGGGCUCCACUAGCUAGACAGAAGAAGAAGUCACCAGCUCAUACUUCUAGGCUUACACGAGCUCAAGCUAAAGCAGAGGCUGAAGAAGAGGCUCCUUUCCAAUCUUUGAAUCUUGGUGUUUCGUGUAAUAUGAUGCUUGCUUGCACAAAAAAGGUCUUUAUUUGUCUCCAAAAAUGGGAUGCAAUCCAUAAAGCCAUCCCAGGAACCACGUCAUGCAUCAAAACCUCUACUGUACCAACCUCCGUUAGAAACUCUGAAGUGGAUCUUGUCAACUCUUUGACUGCAUGCUCCCAUUCUGAUCCAAUAGCAUAUCAACCUUUCUUUAUUUAUCUCAUAAUAUUCUGGAAACAUAGCGUAAUACAGAAAGCAGGACUUGAUAUGUUCAUCCACCAAACUACCGUAGCUGUACUUCAGAAUUGGAAAAUACCAUUUUCCAUGUCAGGAAACUCUACAGCGAAUCUUGUCAACUCUUCGACUGCAUGCUCCCAUGCUUGUACCAUUGUUUUAGAUACCAUUGUCUCACCAUUGGAGACGUUCAAGAGGCAAUUGAUUCAAAUCCUUGAGCACGCUCACUCUGGAACCCGAGUUGAUCGUGUUGACGAGCUGAAUUGCGUCAGAGGCGACCUGCAUGUUGCAUCCAUAUCUGGCUCCUCAGCAGCUGUGUCAUCUCUAGUCUCUGUAGCCCUGAAACAGGAGGGUGGUCGUGGACAGCUGAGCUUCGCCAAAGCUCCCAAAUCUUCUGCAUCAUGGAGUUGUUCUUCCGCUGAGAGUCAACCAUCCAAGCCCAUCGGUCUGCCUCUGAAACAUCUGGAGCAAGGGGAAGGAGGUCAUACUGACCAGCAUAAGGAGGGAGCAGGGACUCCAUAG